AUGACAGGAUGGAACCAGAAGAUGGCCAAGAUGGCGUUCCGGCGGUCGAAAUUUCGCCGUCUCGCUUGGGGAGAUGGUGAUCCAUACCCGUAUACACCGCGAGCAACCUUCCGUUACCAGUGGGAUGACUGGCCGCUGUGGGAAAAAUUAUGGCACAUGGCUAUAGCCAUCGUUGGAGUAGAAUUCGCUAUGUGGGCUUAUUAUUCCAAAUUGAAUAGUCGUAUGGAUUGGGCCCGUGAGGAGGCAUUACGCCGUAUGCGGCUGCGUCGUGAGGCCCAAGAGCUCAUGAUUUUAGAAGGGGAAACAUUUGAUAGUGACAUUCAACCAGACCGUAGAUAG